AUGAACCCAGCUAAGAUACAAGAUAAGGAAGGUAUUGUACCAGACCAACAGAGGCUCAUUUUCACUGGUAAACAGCUUCAGGAUAGUCGUAGUUUGCCUGACUAUAAAAUUCAUAAGGAGUCCACACUCCACUUGGUGUUGAGGCUUAGUGGUGGCAAGCAGAUUAUUGUCAAAACCCUUACUGGGAAGACAAUAACCCGUGAAGGUGACAGCUCUAACAUCAUUGAUAAUGUUAAAGCUACAAUUAAGGACAAGGAAGGAAUCCCACCAGACCAGGAGAGGCUGAUCUUCGCUGGAAAACAGCUUGAGGACGAUCGAACAUUGGCAGACUAUAGCAUUCAGAAUGAGUCAACUCUGCACUUGGUGCUGAGGUUGAGGGGAGGCAUGAAGAUUUUUGUGAAGACUCUGACAGAAAAACUGUCAGUUCGUAUUGACAAGUCGAACACCAUAUCUACUGUCAAAGCUAAUUUAAAAGACAAGCACACAGAUGAAACUACAUGA